CGUAACCAUUAAAAAACCCCACCUCUUUAAUAAUUCAACUUCAACCCACCAGACUACAGCAUACUUCUCAUGUGAAAAUAUAUCAUAUCCCCAGUUUUUUCAUUUUUUGUUGCCAUUUUCUUUUCCAGUUUUGAUGCAUGUCAUGUGUAUCUCUCUGGAUUUGUCUUUUUCCCUCUCCUGCUGCAACAAACUCGUUUUAUUCACUCCUUUAUAUAAGUAAAUUUCCCUUUGGAGUUUUGCGGUAGAAUUUCAAAUAAAUUCUAAAAAAUAAAACCUCCAAUUUUUAUAUCGUCCAAACAAAAACCGAGCCUUUCUCUUCCCUAUAUAUAUUCCCACGCACACACGCGCGCAUACAUUAAGCUCUUUUGUUAGAGUAGUUGGGUUUGAAAUUCAAGCUCUCCCUCUCUUGUGUGCGAUGGCGGGUUUUCACGGCGGCGGCGGAGGAAUGGCCGCGGAAGAUUAUGAAGAAGAGGAGGUGUGGGCCAUGCUCAAGGCGAAAGAUCAAGGCUCAAACUCCAUCUCCAAAAUAACAAGGAAUUUAUCCACCUCCUCCUCGACUUCGAGGGCCAUUCCGAGAUCCGCCUCCUCCUCCGGCGGCGCGUCGUCGGCCCCCCUCACCAUCCCCGACUGGUCCAAAAUCUUGAAGAAGAAACCCAAGAAGAAUAUGUGGGACGACGGCGAUGAUGGCGACGGCGACGGCGAUGAUGAGAUGCUCCCGCCCCAUGAAUAUCUGGCGAGAAGGCUCGCUUCCACGCAGAUUGCUUCCUUCUCCAUGUGUGAAGGAGUUGGAAGAACUCUCAAAGGAAGGGAUCUCAGCAACCUCAGAAACGCCAUUUUGACCAAAACGGGUUUUCUUGAGUAGUUCCGUUGCUAUUGCUGUUGCUAUUACUAGUCACCAUUUUUCCUACUUCUUGAUUGCCAAUAUAGGAAUUUGGUUUAUGAAAAUAAGAGGGAGAGGGAUUUGUUUUGGACGUUGGAGUUGGCCUCUUCUUGGGGGGUUUUCGUAGCUAGCUACUGUGUUGUAGGAAAUUCAAAGAAAAAAAAAAUGUUCAAAAUGGCUUAUCUCAGAUUUUGUACGGUAGAUUUGCAUUUUUGGAAGAAUAGAAUAUUAAUUUCUGUAUCUGAGUCCAACAAUGUCAAACCAAAAUUUAAUACUACUAGCUUAUCUUUAUUUCUUAAUUCUCA